AUGUCAUUUACCGGCAUCACCGCGGCGGAGCUGCGCGAGCAGAAGGAGCGCCAGGACGCGUGCGUCAACAAGGCGCUCACAGAGGGCAGCAAGACGGCGGCGCUGGUUGGGGGGGUGUCGGGCGGCCUGUCGUGGCUCAUGAAGCGCUUCUCAGAGGCCUACAGGCUCAAAUUCACCUCCGGGCCCCGCACAGCCGUCGUCGUGAUGCCGGUGUUCAGUGCCUUUUGGUUUGUGAGUGAGAAGCAUGUCAUCCAGUGCAACGCCAAGCGCGACAGCAGGUGGCAGUCACUGGACCGGGUCAACGGGUACGACCGCACCAUCUGA